UGGUAUAAAUCAAAUAUUGAGACGUUUCUAGAUGUUAGUUACGCAAUUAUACGAAACAUCCCUAAGCAGUUUCACGCGAAAGAUCUACGGCAUUAUUUUUCCGAAUAUGUCGAAAAUGGUCAUUUUAAAUGCUUUCAUUAUCGCCAUCGACCAGAAAUCCAUGUAAUUUUUUCAGGGAGAUCCGCUGAAAAUUUGAACAGCAGUGCUGCUGGACGUUACUGUUGUAUUGUAAGCUUUAAUGAUGAAGAAAUUCGAGAGAAAUUCAAGAAAGAUUUUCAUGGAAAGUUUUGGAGUGAUGCAGAAGGGAACGAGCUUGGGUGUCGAUGUUACGUCUUCUUUGUCAAAAUCAGUGCUGCUCUAGAAGCCGACGUUUUGACAAAACUGGAUCUUUCGGCAAUGAUUGAAUUUCGUCCUCCCGAAGUGAUGCCGUUUGGUAACGUUGGGACUCCAACCGAUUAUUUCCUUGAACAGAUACGCCUCUGUAAGUUACCAGCGCGACUGGUUGGAAAGCUCGGGCUAAAGCCGCCACGCCAUAUUAAGAUGUACGGAGCUGUUCCACUGACAUAUCCUUCCUCCUCAUUGUUCGCCGAUAUGAUUGAGAAAUUGGAAGUUGAAGAGACUGAAGAUGAUAAUGAUGAGUGCGAGGAGUGGGAAAGACAUGAGGCUCUACAUAACGAUAUUACGGAGCAAGAUCGUGGCCCAGGUCUUGUGUGGUACACUGACACCUCCUUUUGGCAAGAGGCCGAAGAGGGAACUGAUACAGACUGGAAGUGGGCAGAUGACUGGGAUGUUGAUUACAGUGUUUAUUACGAUAAAUCAAGCUCUACUUUAGAUGCAAGACAGGCAGUGGAAAUCUUUGAAGAUGAAAAAUUAAGGUCUCUUACUUUUUCUGUGCAUAAUGGCAAAAAUACUUUAAAAGAGCAUAGGGAUGAUUAUUUACCAUUUGGUGGGUUUGAAAAGCAUACAAAAGGCGUUGGAAGUAAAAUUUUAAAAAGGUUUGGUUGGAAGCCUGGAAAGGGUUUGGGGAAGAAAGAAUGUGGGAAAGUUGAAGCGAUUUCUGAAGAAGUGGAAGAGGUUGGAGGUGUCCGUAUCUCAAUGAAGAGAGCAGGUGUCGGCUACCAUGGAGAACGCUUACAGAGGACUGACGAGUGUUGUUGA